GGGUCAGUCAACUCUUAUAUAGUCUCAAUCUUCACAAAAGAAUAUUAAUUAAUUAGUGCCAAGAAGAGUUAUUCUUCCGACUGCCCCGUCAGAUCUGCGUAAACUCCUCUGUGUCAGUCAUCUGCACCCCACUUCAUCAGCAUUAUCCGCGGCUCCGGCCUCCGGGCUUGGUUCAUCUCUUUAGCUAGCGGGAGGCCAUUCGCAGUUGGAGCUUCUUCCAUAGAUCUGGUUGGUCACUGCUCCAAGAAGGUCUCGGCCAGCCGGCGGAAGGCCCCUCUUCCAGAAAUGGACGAUCAGGAGAAUGAAGAUCAAGCCCUUGAGCACAUAUUAACUGAUGCUAAUGCAGAGCCAGUCAUGCUAUCAUAUGCAUUCUUAAAAAGUAUUACAAAUGAUUUCUCAUGUGUAAUCGGUAGGGGUGGGUUUGGAGUGGUUUAUAAGGGUUAUCUUCAUAAUGGGAAAACUGUAGCUGUGAAGCAGCUUUCCAAAACAGAUGACUUUUCAGAAAAGCAGUUUCAUGAUGAGCUUAUGUGUUUGAUAAGGGUUAAACACAGGAAUAUAGUGAGAUUUUUAGGCUACUGCUCUGAUACACAACAAAAAAUGGCAGAUUUCAAUGGAAGAUUUGUUUUGGCAGAUAUCCGACGAAGGUUCCUCUGCUUUGAGUUUGUACCUAACAAAAGCCUUCUCCAUUAUCUCAAAGAACAAUCUACUGGACGUGAUUGGAAAACACGCUAUCAAUUGAUUGAGGGAAUCUGUCAGGGUUUGUGGUAUCUUCAUCAUGAAGAACACAUUAAUCAUUUGGAUCUGAAACCUGAAAAUAUUUUACUGGAUGAUGACAUGGUCCCAAAAAUAUCAGACUUUGGGUUAUCAAGACGGUUCAGUGGAGAACUGAAUGUUAUCAUCACUGAAAAUAUCUGCGGGACAUUGGGAUAUAUUGCCCCGGAAUAUUUGAGCAAAGGGGAAAUAUCAUUCAAGGCCGACAUUUUUAGUCUGGGAAUCAUAAUCAAAAAAAUAUUAAUGGGAAGUAAUGAUUUAUCUGAUUUUGAAAAGUGGCAUGAAUCACAAGAUGUACACUGCCCACAAUUGAACAGAUGCAUUCAAAUAUCACAACUCUGUCUGGAAGACGAUCAACAUAAAAGACCGACUAUAGGUUGCAUCAUUGACAUGCUGAAUGACAUGAAAACAACGACGACUGAGACAAUAGUAUCUCCAGGUUUCGGCCACUCAAGAAAUAACUCAGGGUCUUCUGAAGAAUAUGAGAGCUGUGACUCGUCACACUUGCCUGGGAUUCACCAUGGAGAAGUCCACUCUGCUACUGAGGCAAGUACAUGUGUCUCCGAGUUGCUGGAGCAGGUGCAGUCGCUGGGUGUUUCUACAGUGCCAUCAUCCCAGCUGCAUCGAAUAACCAGUAUACCCAAAGGCUUUGGCGAAACAAACACUCAUCAUAUACGCUCCCCUGGGUCGACCUCUGAGAGUAGCAAGCUACUGGACGUAUACCCACUGGAGCUCCGGUUCCCAUUGGAGCCAAACAAGUGCACUGAAUGCCCAGUGACCCUGACAAACAGGACAGACUGUUACGUUGGUGUCUGGAUUACACCGGCGAAACCUCACACUUGCCAUGGCUUUUAUUUUUCGUACCUGUGGUGGCAGUUUCCAAGCUCAUCCUUUUUCCAGAUCAUGGACCCGCAUUCCACAUUGGUCGUAACCUUGGUAAUGGACCCGCUGCAGCUGGGACUGGGACUGCAAGACACUGAGGACAAAUUUCAGGUGUUGAUGAUUGUCAUGGAAUCACAGAAGGAUCUCGAAAAUUUGAACCCGUCGAUUAGUAGCAGCACGGACAAUGAUAUGUUGAGGCGAGUCGAGGAGUUGGGGGGCGAGGUCCACCGGGCAAUCCUGAGGGCUGUCAGCUGUGAUCCAGCAAGCUGCAAGCCAGAAGUGGUCCACAGUGUUCCAAUGGUCAUUUCAGCAAAAACUUUAGAGAAUGUCUUAUCCAUCGACGUGGACCUCGAUAUGUGUUGGAUCCUGGCUAGUCAUCGCGCAGGUUAUGUUUCCAUUUGGAACUACAACACACAGGGAAGGGUGACUGCAUUGAAGGUCACCAAGGAAGCAGGCAUGCUACACUCGCUCACACGUACUCGUAGUGCCACCACAUCGUGUGUUUAUUCGGCCAAAUUUAUCACUAGAAAGAAAUUGUUCGCAACAGGGGACGGCUAUGGGUAUAUCUGCAUCUAUGCAUACACAAUGGACAAAGUGAAGAAAUUUGAAGCUUAUCAUGGCAAACCUGUCAGCUUGUUGGCUGUUCACUCAACCUACCCGUUCUUGCUUUCGUCGUCGUCUUGUGACCGCUCAAUCAAGCUUUGGGCCUGGGACCAGCAAUGGGCGUGCACUCGAACAUUCGACGCUCACACGAGCGGAGUGCAGCAUGUCAGGUUCAACCCAGCUGAUGUCAACACUUUUGUUAGUGUUUCCUGUGGUGGCGCCUGUGUAAAGGUCUGGGAGAUUCAUUCUUCCACCCCUAUCACCACAUUGUUUGGUCCGAACAACGUUGAUUAUUUCACUGAUGCUGAUCGCCAGUUCCUUCUCAACAUUUGGUCCCAGAAGGCAACAAUAUUGGAUCUACAGACACAAAAAACUGUCCACAGGCUCCUUGUUCACCAGCGGGAGAUGCGUGAUGUUGCUUGCCACCCCACACUUCCAAUAUUGGCUACCAGAUUAGAUGAUGGGACUGUUUGUUUGUGGGACGCCACUACCUACAGGUAUUUCAUAUGCUCGUGCCUAUUUUCUCGGUCUCAUAAAAAUAUCAUUCUCGCUUUCCAACAAGUUAAUUUUUUAAUUAUAAUAUAUAUAAGAUAUUUAUAAUAUUUAUGGUGUAUAAUUAGUAUUGUUAGAUGAAUCGCUAAAAUAUUUUCAUUAAAAAAUUGGAGAUAUAAAUGUUGCUAAUAUUUUUUUAGAAACUAAUUAAACCUAAGACAAUUUGAACAACAUGAAUCCCAUAGCGAAACUCUUUUGGGGACGGAGAGAGUAGUUACGACAUACUUGAUCAUAUUUAAAGUUUUACUACUUCAGAUCCAUGGAUCACCGCUAGAAUCAGGGAUGGAACGACUCCGUUCUACUUGGCUCCUCAACCAAACACAACAUUAAUGUAGUGCACAUUACUUCAGUAAACUUCAGUAGCCUCCAACAAAGCUCCGAUGACCUUCGCCUCUUUCUUCAACUUGCUCGAGUAAAUCUGGUGGCAUCAGUUCGGCGCCCACAAGAGAGCUUUUAUGAGUCUAAAAACCUCCACCAAUAGCUUAUCGGAAACCAUUUUUUGCAUGUGUGCUAGCUCUAAAUGUGUUCCUUUAAACACCAACACCUUUAGCACCGAGUUAGCAUUUUCAAAAAUAUUUUUAGAAGUAUUUUUCACUUGCCUCCUCAUCACGUCACUAGAUCUAAUUCACAUGUAUUGUUAGUCUAAACCUAGUGACAUAUAUAUCCAUAAUUACUUUAGAGUUCAUCUCGUAAUAGUAUGGCAGUCUAUCAUAAAUUUGAUUGUGCACUUUAUUGCACCUUUGCUGGCAAGAGUAAAACCUAGUCGAUAAUCCUUUGUCUUGGCCCUUUGCUUCCAUCUUCAUCCAUCUCUUAUCUCCAUGUUGAGCAUAUGCACGAUGGUCGUGAUUAACUCCACCAUCUCCUGACCUUGCUAAACUCCUUAAAGUGGAGCUAGCUUUAUUACCAUGUUACUAGGUAUAAUGCACAUGCAUUAUUAGUCAACACCUAGUGGCACUAGAUAACCACAAUUACAUUAGAGUUCCCCUCUUAAUCUUUCAUGUGCCUCUGGCUCAACUAUGUCAUUGACUCUAGUCAGCAUCGCCUUCAUCACCCAUCUAUUCUUUAUCUUUCAUGUGCCCAAUGUGAGCCAUGAAUGGUCCAACCUAGGCCUCUUACUCCUUCAAUACAAGCGUUCUUGUCUGCCCAUCAUUGCUCUUGGUCCAUUGCGCACGGGCCCUUCAUUAACCUUCUCCAUCACCUGUCGACCACCUCGGUGUCUAGAGACUUGUUUCACAACACAUUAAAUUUAACACAACAUGACACAUUCAAUUAGCCGUUAGCAUAGUCAAGCAAAUAUGAAAUAUAGUCUCAACCAAAAAAAGGAAAAAGAAACAUCUAAACUCUUGUGUUAGUUAUUCAUCACAAGGGGACAAGAACCUUAAGGCAAACCCCAUGGGGAUAGCCUCGUUGCCAUCCAUAGUCUUAGCAAUCUUCAUAGCUGGAAGGCCAUUAACAAUCAAUAAAUUUAGGCUCUAAUUUUAGCUUCCACUCCAAUUGAUUUAUUGAAUGUAUACUCAAAAGUGCAGUGGCCUGUUUAUGGGGUUUUAUGUGUUAGUGACAUCCAAAUUAGAAACUAGCAAUUUUGUUGAGCGUUCUUACAGUUUCUAGUCCAUUUGAAAGAUUUAAAGGAUAGCUUCUACUAAAUGGCACCCCUCAAUUCGUAGUUCAAAAGGCGUCCAAUCUCAAGUGGCUUAAAUUUCUUGAGCCAAAGCACUUCUCAACUUGGUAUCUCAAUCUCCCACUUGAUGAGUGCAUUGACCACCGCUAAAGCACAUCAUAGAAGGUCCGAAAGCAAUAGAAGGAACUCAGUCAAGUUCCCAAAAGGCAAGUAGAAGCAAACACAAGGCCACUUCACAUGAGGAAAGAUGAUAAAAGCUCGAAGUAAGAACUCUCAACUCUUAGUUUCUCAAAGAAAGGGCGAGGCUAAACACAACCAAAGAGUCAAAUAAGAGGGGCAAGAGCUUCAUGCAAACCCAAAAGCAUUCAAAUCUAUUUCAAAGGUUCUUGUCAACUUGGUUUCACAUUCUCCCCCUUGAUGGUUGGAUCGACAACAUCCAUGCACAAAGAAAUGGUUUGAGACAUAAAACUCGAAAACCUCAUCCAUGUGAUAGAAAGCCAUGUAAAAAACUAAGAUGAAAGUCACUUGGGAUGGGAAGAACCAUAAGAGUCAAGAAGCGCACAACAGUAAAAGCAGGUCAUAGUACAUUACUUAUUUCCGAUGUCUUAGGGUCUAUGCUCGACAACAAGGGUCUGUCAGUUCAAAAAGGUCGGAAAUAAGGUUAUCUCUGAUGGCAGUCGUCGAAGAUAAGCACAAACCAUCAGUUAUUACAAAGAAAUCAUGCCCCUACAUCUAUAGGAAAGGAUAGGUUAUGCUACCGAAAUUACGCUUGAACCCAUGCCUUGUCAUAAAUAUGAGAUCUGUCGGUCACUCCGAGGCUGUCCAAUAAAGAGACAAUUUUAGCCCAACACACUUCACAUGUGUCUAUGCCGUUCCGAAACGGGUGACAGAUAUGUUCCGUUUGUUAACACUACUGUAGAUGUGUAUUACAUAAUAAAAUUUACUUUCCAAUGUUAAAUAAACCACUAAUAAUUUUUUUACUAAAUAACAUUAUUUCAUGUGAAAAUAAUAUCAAAUAACAUUAUUUCUGAUGGCUUAAUAAAUACCCUCAAAAAUUACAAAUUUAGCUGAAAAACCUAGAAAAAUGCCUGAAACAAUAAUUACUUAAUGUUUUCUGAAAAAUGAUUUAAUAUUUAUGUUACAUAUACUUUGGAAUGACUUAAAGUUACAUAUAAUUACAUAAAUGUUGUUUGUAGGCUAGAAUGACUUAAUAUUUUAUGGAAUGACUGAACCAAUAACAUAAGAAAUGUCUGAGAAACCCCAGAAAAAAUGGCUGGAACAAUAAUAACUUAAUGUUUUCUGAAAAAUGACUUUAUAUUUAUGUUACCUAGACUUUGGAAUGACUUAAAUGUUGUCUGGACGCUAUAAUGACUUAAUAUUUUCUGGAAUGACUGAACAAGUAACAUAAGAAAUGUAUGAGGAAACACAAAAAAAUGGCUUAAACCAUAAUAACUUAAUGUUUUCAAAAAAAUCUACUUAAUAUUUACUAGAAUGAUUUAAUCUUGAUUGGAAUGACUUGAUGUGGCUAAGAAAUGAGUUGUGCGGGCGCGCCCGCCGGUUGGUCCUGGUAAUGAACCGUUGGGUUCAUCAUUCUAGGUGAUAA